CCUGAAAUAUCGAUGCCGGGAUGGGCAUGUAUCCUUCCUCGACGACGACGACGUCGUGGAUGGAGGGAGCAUAUUGUGUGCUAUUACGUACACUUCUGAGCACAUCUAUGGCCAGUGCAUUGUGCCUCGCAGAAUACGUAUCAACUCUUUUCAUUCUACGCAGAUGAAUACAAUUCAUACUUACAGCAGAAUGCUGGUCCAACACACACACAUGCCAUCAGUACUUGUGUGGCUGUUAUGAAUAAUUCCAUGCCGCUGCACUCCCGGCAUUGAUCAGUGGGACGCGCGGGGAAACGAGAGGGAAACGCGAUCGGAUAUAUGUCGCUGGUGGCGCUGGCGCACUGCAGCAAGCACAAGGCACAGGCAGCUCCUUUCCCUUCCCAUCUACAGCAGCUAGCAGCUCGGUUCUAGGUAUAUUGAAUCUAGAACGGAGUUUCUUUUGCUCGUCCCUAUCCAUCAACGCAACACUAUUUGAAGCGGUUGUUGGCUGUGGAUCUCUAGUCGCGGGGAUCAGCUACUCUUCCGAGCGCCGCACUAUAAUGCAAUACCCAAAAUCACAUCCUGUGAUGCGCACAUAGUCGUUUGACAAUACCGCAUGCACAGCGCACUGAACACUCCAGAUCAGGGUUUUCCUGUCUACUUGAUUCUCUUGUUCAUCCUUGGGAAUCUUUACCAAUUUGCAUGUAAUCACGCUAAUUUAGCUACCGGUACGGAACGGUCGCUAACGACCAGAUAAUCGACCAGAUAAUUGUAUAUACUGCAUCGUUGUUCGCAUUGUGCCAGUUUAUGUGUAUGAUCGGGCAUGUUUUGUUUUCUGCACAUCCUCCCGGAAUUAUUAUAACCCUCUGUCCCAUAAUUACCUCAAUGUUUUAUUGGUGGCAUCAGCUGUGUCGCUAAGUUGUGAUUAACCAUAUCCCCGUCUUGCUCGCUAUGGGAAACCUAUGAAGGGAAGGAAUGGUAGUGCAAUAUCUGCGAUAUCUGCUAGCGCUGCCUGACCCGUUAACGUUGCUGCGUUGUUUGCCAUCUUUUUCCGCGUACUGCCCUUGUCGUCGCUGAUUCACAAGUUUGCUCAGAACAGCAUGCCCCAUGGGAUCCAAACCAUCUAAAUCUGCGUCGAAAUCGAAGGAUAAGAAGGAUUCGAAGUCGGGCGGAGGCGCCAACAGCCAGUUACCUGCUCCAGCUGCCGUCCCUGCACUUGAUCCCCGGUUUCCGCUUUCAGCCAGAGACAAGUUUAGCUUGGUCAAAAGCUGGAAGAACGUGAACCGCAAUUUGGACACAACGGGGAAGGAAAUGAUGAUAAAACUUAUUGCGGACAACGAUGACCUUAAGCAAUACUUUCCCAAAUUUAAGGACAAAACAGGAGAUCAACUUCGUUCGAGCGAGGAUUUUGAGACGCUGGCUGUACAGCACAUGACACCUUACGAUCAAGCUAUUUUGGAUGUGGAUAAUGUUGACGCUUUAAUAUCAAACCUUCAAGCCGUCGGGAAAGGGCACAAGCAACUGGCGAAUUUUCAAGAAGAAUAUUUUACUCGGAUUGAAAAGUGUCUUCUUUUCGCCUUACAGCAGACACUGGGUGAUGCAUUUACCGAUAAUAUGGAUAGAAUUUACAAGCAGUGGCUAAGCUGGACUACUACGCAGAUUCAAGGCGGAUUUCGCUCAUGAUUUAAAAUGGAUUACAAGUCAAACUUUCCCGAAGUACAGUGGCCAAGGGUGCGAAAGUUAUUUCAUGUUUUUGUUAAGUAGAGGGCGGAUUACAAAGUUUCCGCCACUGCGCAUUUUGCGUUAAUGUUCAGUUCCCGCCCGUGCACGUGGUGCGAAUGUCGGUAUGCAUAACUUAAAAAAUGCCGUUAAUAUUUUUGGAAUUUUCUGAGUUGCUGUUGAUCUCUUAGUUUUUAUGUCAAGCUGUCUUAACUGUUGCACCGGUCCCAGUUACCGCGAAAAUGCUCUUGUGGGGACUUUACGUAUCUGUUAAAGUUGGUACAGCUGUAAUAUUAAGUCUUUGAGUGAUGUGAUAAACAAAUGAGCGUUG